AUGUUCCUGCUGGAAGAUUCUCGAAGUAUUCUGAGCACCAACUUCAGGGAAAUGAUCAGCUUUGUGAAGGGGCUGGUGGCCCAGUUUGACAUUAGCGCGGCCGGUACCAAAGUCGCCCUCGCCACCUUUGGUAAAAAGUUAAUUACGGAGUUUGACUUCGGAGCUUACAACUCACUGGCAGAGGUGGAGCACGCUUUGGACUUUGUUCACCAGGGAAGCGGGGACGAGACAAAUAUAGGCAAAGCUAUUAGUUAUGCCCAUUCUACGCUGAUCAGCCACCAAAGGCCAGGUGUCUCUCACAAGCUAAUCAUCAUCACAAACGGUGCGUCCAGCGAUCAGGCAGAGGCGUCCAAAGCUGCAUAUCUCGCCCGAGAGGAUGGGGUGGAAAUCAUUGUCAUUGGUGUCGGCAGGUGA